AGUAGAAGGUUGAAGGGCUCAAUCAAGAGGGCCAAGAGUCAGCCCAAACUGGACCGAACUAGCAGUUUCCGCCACAUGAUCCUCCCCCGCUUCCGCAGUGCCGACCAAGACAGGACCCGUUUGAUGCAGAGCUUCAAAGAGUCCCACUCCCAUGAGUCCCUGCUUUCUCCCAGCAGUGCCGCUGAGGCGCUGGACCUCACUCUGGACGAGGACGCUAUCAUCAAACCUGUGCACUCGAGCAUCCUGGGACAGGAGUACUGCUUUGAGGUGACUACGGCAUCGGGAACCAAGUGCUUUGCGUGUCGCUCAGCUGCAGAGAGAGACAAAUGGAUCGAGAACCUGCAGAGAGCUGUCAAGCCCAACAAGGACAACAGCCGGAGGGUGGACAAUGUGCUCAAACUGUGGAUCAUAGAGGCCCGCGAGCUUCCAGCAAAGAAACGAUACUACUGCGAACUAUGUUUGGACGACAUGCUGUAUGCACGCACCACCAGCAAGCCCCGCACCGACACCGUUUUCUGGGGCGAGCACUUUGAAUUCAACAACCUGCCAGCUGUCCGCAACCUACGCCUUCAUCUAUACAAGGAGACAGACAAGAAGAGACGCAAGGAAAAGAGCACAUACUUAGGACUCGUAAGCAUCCCCAUCUCAAGCAUCACUGGACGUCAGUUUGUGGAGCAGUGGUACCCGGUCAUCCAGCCCAGCGUCCUCACCAAGGGAGCUGGUGUCGGAGGAGGGAAGAUCAUCAAUGCAUCUCUACGCCUCAAAUCCCGCUUUCAGACCAUGAACAUCCUGCCCAUGGAGCUGUAUAAGGAGUUUGCAGAGUAUGUCACUAAUAACUACCGCACCCUGUGUGCUGUGCUGGAGCCUGUGCUGAGUGUCAAGAGCAAAGAGGAAGUGGCCUGUGCUCUGGUGCAUAUACUUCAGAGCACAGGGAAAGCUAAGGAUUUUCUAUCGGACAUGGCAAUGUGUGAGGUAGACAGAUUCAUCGACCGAGAACACCUUAUCUUCAGAGAGAACACUCUGGCCACCAAAGCCAUAGAAGAGUACCUCAAACUGAUUGGACAUAAGUACCUCAAGGAUGCUAUAGGGGAGUUCAUAAGGGCCUUGUAUGAGUCAGAAGAAAAUUGUGAAGUUGACCCCAUGAGAAUACCACCCUCUGUACUACCAGACCACCAAGCCAAUCUUCGAAUGUGCUGUGAAUUGGCACUCUGCAAGAUUGUUAAUUCCCAUUGUGUGUUCCCUCGAGAGCUGAAGGAAGUCUUUGCCUCCUGGCGAGUGCGCUGUGCUGAGAGGGGUCGAGAAGACAUCGCUGACCGCCUCAUCAGCGGUUCUCUUUUCCUGCGCUUCCUGUGUCCUGCCAUCAUGUCGCCAUCGCUUUUCAACCUCACCCAGGAGUAUCCAGAUGAGCAGACAUCACGCACACUCACCCUCAUCGCUAAAGUAGUGCAAAACCUGGCUAACUUCUCCAAGUUUGGAAGCAAAGAGGAGUACAUGUGUUUCAUGAAUGAGUUUUUAGAAAUGGAGUGGGGCUCCAUGCAACAGUUCCUCUACGAGAUCUCCAACCUGGACAGUGUCAGCAAUGCAGGCGCUUUUGAGGGCUACAUCGACCUGGGCAGGGAGCUGUCUAUACUGCACAGUCUCCUCUGGGAGGUCAUGGCUCAACUCAGCAAGGAUGCCAUCAUCAAACUGGGUCCUUUGCCUCGUCUCCUGAAUGACAUCAGCAUGGCCUUGCGUAACCCACACCUCCAGAGGCAGCCCAGCCAUCAGACAGACAGAGAGCCUGGGAGACAGUCAGACAGGCUGCUGUCACGGCCCAGCUUCAGCAGGGGCAUCUCAUCUGAGUUCCAAAAUCUCAUGAUGAGGGAUCUUAAUAGCUCUAUAGAUAUCACCCGUUUGCCUUCCCCUACAUCCACCGGAGGGGUCAUGCCAUCUCGUUCCCAGAUGAGUUUUCAGGACCGUGACCACCCUCAACGAGCAUCCUCCAAAGACAUGUUUUACGUAUCACGCCCUCCCCUGGCCCGAUCCAGCCCAGCGUACUGCACGAGCAGCUCGGAUAUCACAGAACCUGAUCCUAAGGAUUCCCGAAUGAACAGCGUGUCUAACCUGCAGUCGGUGGACAUGCUCAACUCCUCCCAGGCCUCCAUCGCCGGCAUGGGCAGCUUCGGCGGGCUGAGCAGCGGAGGCGGUGGCGGCCUGGGGUCGGGCCUGAGCAGCCAGCUGCGGGCCGGUGGGAGGUUGUCAGCUGGCUCUGGCGGCUCCAGCAUGUCCGGUGGCCUCCGGCUGAGCCAGCUGAGCCAGAUGGGCACCACCACCGACUCGCUAUCCCAGCAGCAGCAACAGCAGGCCGCCGCCAUGCGCUACCCGCUUUCCUUCCAGAAUCCCCUCUUUCAUCUGGCGACUGCUGAUGGGCCUCAACAGCAACAGCUCCAUCACCAGCACAGCCGGGCUCAACCCCCCGCACCCCUUCUCCUGGCCCCAGAGCCCGAACCCUCUCACCAGUCCUACAUCCCACAGUUCGCCCAUGGAGGGUUCUCUCGCAGUGAGGAUCUGUCCACCCUCAGGACCAGGGACGGUCACCUGGGACAACCCAGCAUCAUCCACUCACAUAGCUACAGUGACGACUACAGCAGGGCUGACUAUGGACGCAGGCAGAUGUCCAUGCAUAUGCAGGAUAAUCUCCAACAGCAACAAAUGAUGGGCAUGGCCUCCCAGACGGGAACCUCCCAUUCCUCCCUGGCCACCACGCCUCCCUCCACAGUCCAACCUAUGCGCCAGAGUUCUGUUGCUCCGCCUCCCACCCAGCGUGUCAAAUCCCAGACCUCCCAUCAGCUGUCCGUCAGUGCAGCUGCUGCACCCUCUGCUCCUGCAAAAACAAGGCCGCAAAGCGGAAACCUUCUCCAGUCGCCAGAAUCUGGCUACGGCAGGCAGCAUGGGCCCCGGCAGCUCUCCGUCAAAGACAACACUGCCCCGGGCCUGCCCCACCAGCAGAGCUCUGUCAGGGAAAGCCAGAGUCCGCAGGGAACCACCAGUCAGAGCACUCAACAGUCACCACAGCAGCAGCCUCAGCAACAGCAGCACCUGCUCAAACCCACUAUGAGCAAACAGGGCUCCCAGUCUCCAUCUACCCUCAAUCCCCCAACGCCAGCCAAUGAGCGGACGGUGGCCUGGGUCUCCAACAUGCCUCAUCUGUCAGCUGACAUUGAAAGUUCUCGGAUUGACCGUGAGGAUUUCAAACUUAAGGAGUACUCAAAAAGCAUGGAUGAGUCACGCAUGGAUAGGGUACGGGAGUACGAGGAGGAGAUCAACUCCCUGAAGGAGCGCUUGAUGAUGUCCCACAAAAAGCUGGAGGAGUAUGAACGGAGGCUCCUCACGCAGGAGCAGCAGACCAAUAAGAUCCUCCUACAGUACCAGAAUCGUCUCGAGGACAGUGAGAGGAGGCUACGGCAACAGCAACUGGAGAAAGACUCCCAAAUUAAAGGAAUAAUUAGCAGACUCAUGGCUGUGGAGGAUGAGAUAAGAGGAGGAGCCAUCCUUGAGCCAAAAACCAGGAUUUUCGCUGAUCAGGGGAGGCGUCAGUCCAUCCUAGUGCAGCCCCGUCUUGCGCCUGUCCCACCCCGAGUAUCCAGCCACUCUCAAAGCUUCAUCGAGGACAAUGUGGAACCUAAUUGGCUGAUGCACCACCGGCAGUCUGCAGGGUGGCAUGGCCAAAUGUCCAGAGCCCUCUCUCGUGACGCGAUUGGCUGACAAAGGGAGAACUUGGGGCACUGGUCCCAUUCUCUUUGCUCAAAGGAUGGUGCAGAGCCCCAGCGGACCAUGUAAGGAAAUGCUGGGUUUUUUUGGCUUUUUUGUUUUCACUUUACUUGGGCCCUCUCUCUCUGAUUUGAUAACAGGAUUUUUUUUUUUUUUUAAAAAUAUGUUUGAUGCCUCAUGGUUGGAUCUACAUUUGACUUACAAACAAAAGGUAGGCUGGACAGAUAUUGUUGUUGUCAGCCUGCCGAGCAUGCAAAGAACAGCUAUGCAGUCUGAUCAAUCAGCAGAACGGAGGAACACAAAAGCCAAGGAAGGCGCGAUGCUCAAAGUGAGAGAGAGGGGUGGGUAAGAUGUAUUUCAAAGGUGCUUGACUUCUCUUAAAAUUUUCAGUCCAAGCUGAUUUGCUUUCAUAGCAUUUAUUUGCCUCUCUCUCUCUCUCUAUCUCUAUCUCUCUUGUAGUCUUUUCAAAUUACCCCUUGAUUCCUCUUCAUCUAUUCACUCUUUAUGCAUCUAGGAUUUUAAAAAGCAUUAUUUAACCACUUCAGUCUUACUUCGUUCUAGACACACUUGAUCUCUUUCUCUCCUCGUAGUUUUUAGCUCUUCCGUUUGAAUCUCGUUCAGCGUUUGAUUUUAAAGGAACCUAAAUAUGCACAGCCUAAUUCAUAACGUAAAACCGCUUCUAAACAAUACUCUUGCUUCAGUGAAGACUUUGAAAAGCCGGACAGAAUGUUAUUAUUUAUAUUUCUAUGAUGAAACUACUUAUUCUUACAAUUAAAGAAAAACUCUUCGUUUAAAAUCUUCCGGAGGAGAUAUUUAUUUCUUGAUAUAGAUAGAUGCCUCUAUCUAAUGGAAGUUCAUAAAUAACCCAUUUUAUAUGAACCGAGUUUCUUACCGAGACAAUCUUUUGGAAAGAAGAGUUGCCCCAAAAGACUGCGGCGAAAGGGACGAACUCGUGUUUCACCUACUCCCCUUACGACAGUUUGCACGUUGCUGACACCUGAUCCCUCCUUGCUCUUGGUUAUUAUUGUUCAAAAGCGAAAAAAGUGGACGGAUGUCGCCAUGGAGCUCUCCAUAUACGGACGAUGUGAAAGUGAUUGGAUAAGGACAUUCUUACAGCUAUCGUUUUGUACUCCACUUUGACUUUCUGUCUGUAGAGUUUUAACCAAGCAGAGGAUGAACUCUUGGUUUCAGUGUGGCCACAUUUCUGCAGUCAAAUUGCUGUAAAACUCCCCGUUCUCUUUCUAUGGAUGGACUCCACUGACACCAAUCUGAGUUGAAAUCCCUGCCAUUUCCACUUUUGACUGAAGCGAGAGAGAGACAUGUUAGAGGUCCUGCUGAAACGAGUGAAUGUGUUUGUAUAUAAGUGUGUGUACUGGCUCAAU